AUGUUCAUGGGCUACGAAGAAGCGUCAAAAGCUUAUCGAGUGUACGACAUUGAGGCGGACCAAGUGGUGAUCAGUCGUGACAUCACCUUCGACGAAUCGACUUUUGAUUUUUCGAUGGACCGACCAAUUGACGAUGAUGAAGAUGCGGAGUUGGACCUCGACCUCCUGGCGAUCAACGAGGACGACGUGCGUCAAACCGUCUACAAGCAGACUGACAAGCGCAAGAGUGAAGCAAGACCCGGCAUGUCACGUUCAGCUCGCUUUCGAACUGGGUUGGAACAAGCAAGUGCGCCGGAACACGUCUCCAACCGUCACCAGAAACGACGAUCAAGUGCUCCAGAAACGAUGUCUGAUGACGAAGAAGAUGCAAGCGUCUACGAUCAAGAUGACGACUCGACGCCUCCAACAUUUUGGCGUGCAAGUGCAAACGCAGUGGAAGCAACGGACCUAGCAGAACAUGUGACUUUUCAAGACGCGAUCAAUGGUCCUGAUCAAGCUCACUGGCGAAAUGCUGUGAAGGCGGAACUCAAGUCGAUGCAUCUUCGUGGAGUUUUCCGUGCGGCAAAACUGCCAAGAGGCCAAGGCGCGAUCGGCACCAAGUGGGUGUUCAAGAUCAAGCGCAAAGCGGAUGGAUCGGUCGAGAAAUACAAGGCGCGUCUCGUUGCCAAGGGCUUCAAGCAGAAGUACGGCAUCGACUACACAGAGACGUUCUCGCCCGUGGUCAAGCACGUGACACUGCGUAUGGUGAUCUCGAUCACCAAGUAUUUCGAAUGGCCACUGGACCAACUCGAUGUGGUGACAGCCUUUCUCUACGGAGUGAUGAAGGAGAAGGUGUACUGCGUGAUACCAGAAGGCGUCGAGAUGGAUGGCGACUUCGACUGUCUCGAGUUGGUGAAGGCGAUCUACGGUCUCAAGCAAGCUUCACGUGUGUGGAACAAGACUUUCGACGAGUUCGUAUGCUCUAUCGAUUUCGAAGCGUCGGCGUUCGACCCAUGUCUCUACAUCAAGGUUGUCGACGGUCACUGUGUGCUCGUGCUGGUCUACGUGGAUGACGUGUUGGUCACCGGCAGCUCGCUCGAGUUGAUUGCGCAGACGAAGGCCGACCUCAAGAUGCGUUUCGAGAUGACCGACAGCGGCAAGUGUACCUUUGUACUGGGCAUCGAACUGGUGGACGAAUCGGAUGGCAGCGUGACGAUGUGCCAGCGACGGUAUGUCAACGACAUCCUCAAGCGCUUCGGCAUGGAUGAGUGCAAGGCCACAGCAAGUCCGGUCGAUUUGAGCACUCGGCUUGUCGCAAGCAGCGAAGCGGCCAAGAUCGACGUUCCGUUUCGCGAAGCGGUUGGUGCUUUGAUGCAUUUGAUGACUGCAACGCGCCCAGAUAUCGCGUAUGCUGUGGGGUACGUCUCGCGCUUCAUGGAGAAUCCGCAGCAAGAACAUUGGACGGCGGUGAAGCGCAUCUUUCGUUGCUUGCAAGGGACCAAGUUGCACGGACUCCGCUUCCAGCCAAGCGACAAGAUCGACUUUCGUGGCUACUCGGACGCGGACUGGGCCGGUGACCACGCUGAUCGCAAGUCGACUUCGGGUUACACUUUCAUGCUGAUGGGUGCUCCUGUGAGUUGGGGAAGCAAGAAGCAGUCAAGUGUGUCGCUGUCGAUGAGUGAAGCGGAAUACAUCGCACUGAGUCUGGCCAUCCAGGAAGGCAAGUGGGUGCAUCGCCUGCUAUGCGAGAUUUUGGCGGCCGCAAACGAACCAGGACUGGACCUCGUCAUCCGUGAUAACAACCAGUCGUGCAUCAAGAUGACGAAGAAUCCGGUGAAUCAUGGCCGCGCCAAGCACAUCGACAUCAAGUACCAUCACAUCCGUGAUGAGGUCAAGCGCGGUGAAGUGCAGCUCGAGUAUUGCGAGACUUCCGUGAUGAUGGCGGACAUCAUGACCAAGCGACUUUUGGGACCUCGUCACAAGGACUUGACGACGGCUCUCGGCACUCGUGCGAGUUCGGAUUGA